GGCAACUACCAGCUCGGCAGGUUCAAGCUUCAACAUUUUCUCACUUUUUUUUUUUUCUUCUCAUUUUCAUGGCAAUUUUUCAUGGAGGCCAAACAACUCCAAUCAGAGGAACAACUUUACCCUCUACACAGAGAGCCGCAAUCACAAUCACACUCUCCAGCCUACCAAGCUCUUCUCAGAGCAGGUCCACGUGUCAGGCCCCUCCAACAAGUCCACGCUCAAAUCAUCGUCUUAGGCAAGUACCGAAAUCUAGCCAUUAUCACCAAGCUCCUCACGCUAGCUUGUGCCGCUGGCUCAAUAUCCUACACUCGCUGUCUCUUCCUCACUGUUCCAAACCCAGACUCUUUUCUCUUCAACUCUCUCAUCAAAGGCUCCUCCAAAUUCGCCUUCUCAAACGACGCCAUCUUCUUCUACCGCCGGAUGCUCCUCGCGAAUAUUUCGCCUUCGAAUUAUACUUUCACGUCCGUGAUCAAAGCGUGUGCCGAUCUUUCUGCUUCCAGACUGGGUAGAGGGAUUCAUUCCCAUGUUUUGGUUUGUGGGUAUGGCUCGGAUUCCUUUGUUCAGGCUGCACUUGUUACAUUCUAUGCAAAGACUGGUGAUUUGGAAGUUGCCCGGAAAUUGUUUGAUAAAAUGCCGGAAAGAACGGUUGUGGCAUGGAAUUCGAUGAUUUCGGGGUACGAGCAAAAUGGGUUUUCAAAGGAAGCGAUUGGGUUAUUUUAUCAGAUGCGGGAGUGGGGCAUUAAGCCCGACUCGACAACGUUUGUGAGUGUAUUGUCGGCUUGUGCUCAGUUGGGGGCAAUUGGUUUGGGUUGUUGGGUACAUGAUUAUGUUAUUAGUAAUGGUUUUGACGUCAAGGUGGUUCUUGGUACUUCUUUCAUUAAUAUGUUUUCUAGAUGUGGGAAUGUGACCAAAGCUCGAGAAGUUUUUGAUUUGAUGAGUGAAUGGAAUGUUAUUGCUUGGACAGCUAUGAUUUCCGGGUAUGGAAUGCAUGGUUAUGGUAAAGAAGCAAUGGAGCUCUUUGGAAAAAUGAGAAUUCACGGUCCACGUCCUAAUAAUGUCACAUUUGUUGCUGUCCUGUCAGCAUGUGCUCAUGCAGGACUUAUUCAGGAAGGGCGCUGCGCCUUUGGAUCUAUGAGGAAAGAGUUUGGUUUGGUGCCUGGAGUGGAACAUCAUGUUUGCAUGGUUGAUAUGUUUGGGCGUGCUGGGCUUCUCAAUGAUGCCCAUGCUUUUAUCAAAGAAUUGAAUCCUAGGGAGCUAACUCCAGCAAUUUGGACUGCAAUGCUUGGGGCUUGCAAGAUGCAUAAGAAUUUUGAUCUUGGAGUGGAAGUUGCUGAGCAUCUCUUAGCUGUAGAACCAGAAAAUCCAGGUCAUUAUGUUUUGCUUUCAAAUAUAUAUGCAGUGACUGGUAAGAUGGAUCGAGUGGAGUUGGUUAGAAACCUGAUGAUCCAAAGAGGCCUAAAGAAGCAAGUUGGCUAUAGCACAAUAGAGGUUGACCAGAAGACUUAUUUGUUUAGCAUGGGUGACAAGUCCCACCCCGAGACAAAUGAAGUUUAUCGGUAUUUAGACAAAUUGAUGUCGCGGUGUAGAGAAGCAGGAUAUGUACCUGCACCUGAGUCGGUGAUGCAUGAGUUGGAAGAAGAGGAGAGGGAAUAUGCUCUUAGAUACCAUAGUGAGAAGCUUGCAAUAGCGUUUGGGUUAUUGAAAACCAGCAGCGGUGUAGCCAUCAGGAUUGUGAAAAACCUUAGAAUGUGUGAGGAUUGUCAUUCAGCAAUUAAGUACAUCUCAAUUGUUUCUAACAGAGAAAUUAUCAUCCGGGAUAAGCUUCGUUUCCAUCACUUUAAUGAUGGUUCAUGUUCUUGUCUCGAUUACUGGUGAUAAAUUCUAUUUGCUUGCUCAGGCUUGAGUGGCUUGACAAUUUCGCUACAUUGGUUAUCAUGGGGUAAGGUUCAUCAAGGCAGUCAAAGGUUUACCGAAUUACAAUUUUGCAGGCUGUAAAUCUCUGGUCUCAAACCAAAACAGAUUGGGUUUGGUGCUAUGAAAAAAAGAAGUGGAGAAAGGUCUACUUAACAAGGAACGAUAUCAGAUCCAAGAAACCAAAGGCUUUAACAUAGCAUUAGUUGUUAUAUUGCCUAAACUUUGCGUGUACCAUACAAUUGCCUAAGUGGAGUCAUCUAAAGCUCAUAGGUAGAAUAAAUCGACAAGGCUUAUUUGUUAUCAUUGCGAAGUGGACAAUAAUUUCAUUUCUAUAUA